AUGGCAUCGUUGAACAAGGAUGAUGCGACAAGCAGCUUCGAUGUGGCUACCAGCUUGUUUAUUCAAUGUCGAAUGGCCCAUCAAGAGCUUCAGGCAGUAGCAUCAAAGGAAGGAAAGCUCUUAAAUCGAUUGUGUGAUGAACUUCAAUCUCUUCGAAAGAGUCAAGUCCCUCAAAGCUUCGAAGUUGCUCUGAGGAACGACAGUGAAAUCGAUUCUCCGCCUGAACGGCCUGAACUGAGAUCCUUCAAUCCUGACACGUCCAGAAUCACAAAGAUUGCCGUUUUUGAUGAGGAAGGGUCUCCAAAGCUCCGCUUGCCUCUCCCACCUGGCAUCUCCGAAAGUUCCGAGCUGCCGAAUGAAAGAAAUGCUGUGUCACCAGUGAUGUCACGGCCUUCGGAACGAGCAUCACAAGACUCCAACAGUACCUGGCACAAGUCAAUCUCACGACGAAUCUCAGUACAUUCCAAUGAAUCCAAGGGGCAAUCGAAACCGCGUCGCACUAUGACAACGAUGGCGAUGGAAAGUGAUCCUGUCCAAAGCUACUCCAUCAAUGGCAUCAAGAAAAAGGAGCAAAUGGUCCCUCGCAACACACUUGUGAAUGUGCUCAAGACCAGCUUCGGAACAGAGAAGCGAAGUGCCUGGUGGUCCAACAGCAUUCUGAACAUAGUAGACACCUUCGAAAGAUGUUGGCAGUUGGAAGAGCCUGAGAGAACUGGGUGUUUGGCGAAGGUGGUCAAAUCCAACUUCUUUGGCAUGGUUUGUGGCGCUGUCAUCUUUGCAAAUGCAAUCUUCAUCUUGUACGCCACCGAUUAUGAAAUGCAGAAUCUCCACCAGCCAGUAUCCUCAGAUGCCGAGAAAAUCUCAGUUGCAGAGCUGUUGCUGGCCUCUUUCUACGUCUUCGAACUGUUAUUGAAGCUUAUCGUCCACAGGUUUUACUUCUUUUGGAACGCGGAAAUGGCUUGGAAUUGGUUUGACUUUGUGCUGGUGCUCUUUUCGAUCAUCGAGAAUAUCCUGUCGUUUGUUCUGUUGAGCACAAGCGAAGAAAGCGGAGAAUCCGGUAGAUCAGGUGUCAACCUUGGCUUCUUGAGGCUGCUCCGUUUGUGCAAAAUCGUGAAGAUUCUGCGUGUCUUCCGUACGCUGAGAUUCUUUAGCGAGCUCAGAUUGAUGUUGGAUUGUGUGGUCGGAUCGUUGAUGAAUGUCUUCUGGUGCCUCAUCAUGCUGCUUUUCGUCAUGUAUGUUUUCGCCCUUCUCCUCCAACAAGGCGUCGUUCAACACCUUCAAGAGGCAAAGCCUUCAAGCGAUCAGGGUGCCGGAUGUGCGGAAGGAGGUCUGCAAACGUACUUCAGUUCUGUGGGUGUAACUGUGGUGACUCUGUUCCAAUCAUGCACUUCCGGAGUAGACUGGAAUGAACCUUACAAAGCCUUGCAAGAGACUGGAAGCUUCUUGCCGGUCUCCUUUCUACUAUAUAUUGCUUUUGUAUUCAUUUCUGUCUGGAACAUCGUGACAAGCAGCUUUGUGGAGAAGGCACUCAAACUUGCCCAGCCUGAUGUUGACAUGCUCAUCCUGGAACAGCAGCUUCAAGAUUUUGAAGACUGCCGAAUGCUGGCAACACUCUUCAAGAAGAUGUUGCUCACCGACGAGCAAGGUCGCGAACACCUUGGCUUAGAAGAGUUCCGGAAGCUCGUGGAGACGGACGAGUUUCGAUCGUACCUUCAAACUAGGGGCAUUGACAUCAAAAACGCGGAGACAUUUUUCAAAAUGCUUGUGGAACUGCAAGGUGAAGAAACGAUUGAUGCACACACAUUUGCGAAUGCGUGUGUUCGAAUGAAGGGCGCAGCAACAAGUAUUGAUUUGCAGACGGUCAUGUUCACGACCCAUUUGAUGAAUAAGGAGCAGCGAAGAGCCUUCCAGAACCUAUUCUCCCGUUUGGUACGGAUCGCUCAGCCCGAUGCCACAGAACAGCGCCUUGCAGAUGCAGAACAGGCAUUGGCAGAAAGCUUGUGGCUCUCGCAGAAGGGGCAACGAAUUUCCAAAGUGGAAGUCAAAGUGGAAAGGCACUUGCGCACGCAAGAACUGCUCCACUUGCGGUUGGCUUGGCAGGCUUGGGAGGAUAUGGUCAAGGAGAAGAAGCGGCAGGCUGAUGUUCCGCCAGAAGUGCAGGCUCCCGAAGAGCGCCAGGUUGCAGAAACUCGCCAAGGGCUACAGCCCGUGCAAUCUCGGCGUGGCCACACUGUGAGACAAAGGGGCUAUGCCUCAUGGGAGACUUUGGGGCCAGUCCCUGGUGAGAAGGGAAAGGCUGCCGAUGGCAAGGUUGACUUGAUCGACUUGGAUGUGCCAAGGGGCCAUGGACUUCAAGGCUGGAUUCGAGAGAGGAGCGAUCUACACAUGAAGAUUCAGCUUCUGCGUGAUCAGCUGUAUCAGGAACGCCAGGCAGCCAUCGAGAGUGCCAAUAACUCCCAGUUGGCGGUGGAAGCACUACAAGAAGAGCUGCAGAUGGAGAAGGAAAAACUCAGGACGCAGGGUACUCUUCAACGGGCCUAUUUGCAGUCCGAGAUCAGUUCUCAGGACGCUGAAAGGCUAAAAGCUGAGAGAGCCUUGGAAGCGGUGCGGAAGAGGUCUUUGGCAAAGAUGAUCAACCCACGGAUUUUGACCAAAGUCUUCCGCGCGUGGGCAAGAACUUUCCGACAAACUGUGGAAGCUGUGUCCAUGCUGAAGCAGUUGCCCUCUGUGGACUCACCGCGUCGUUUGCGAUUCUUGAUCGAAGACGCGGAACGCGAUAGCUUUUCAGUACAACUUGACGAUUGGUUGGAGGACCCCGAUGACCCACGCAGUGAGCAGGAGCAGAUUUACGACACGCGCGGGCUGCUCAAAGAUCAAACGAAGGCCGCCUUGACCUUCAUGCUUCGCAGUGCAGCAAUUUCAAGCAUGAGCAAGGUCAUGGAGAAAGCUGAUGCCAUGUGGGGGGCAGUGCGCUUGCGGAUUUCGCUCUUUAGGGGUUUUUCAUUGAGUCGGUGCCAGGCCAUGGAACACCACGGUUUGCUCUUCAUCACCUUCGCUGGUUGGGCACGUUUGUUGCAACAGCUGGCUGUGACACGCUUGGCAGUGGCUCGAAGUGCGAGGGUGUCCAAGCCUUUCGAGUUAGCCGAGUAUUUCUACCUCUGGCAGGCAUUGCAACAGCAGUCUUCAGAGACGGACAAGGUGCUUAGCCGCACCAUGCGUGGGAGUUUGGCUUUGAGCUCUGCGGGUUGUGGCUUCAGUGGCCCUGAUCUGGUGAAGUUGACUUUCCACUUUUGGCGACUUCACAGUGGAUUUGCCCAGAGGACACGGUGCAUCAUACACAGCUACGUGCCUGUGCAGGAUUCUUCCUGGUUCUCGCUGGUUUUCUUUAUGUGGUUUGCCUGUGUGCAUGCCUCAAUCAAUGAGCGUGCCGCUACCACCGAGAGUUUGAGGGCAGAGAUGGCAAAGGAUGCCCCGGAAUCACCAGCCAAUGCGCCUCCGCAGCCACAUCCAGCUCCUGAUUCGCCAUUGAAUCAGCCAAGGAGCUCCAUCAGAAGCUCCAUCAGGGGCUCCAGAAUGUUGGAGAUUCCCAUUGGUGAUGCGGUUGAGGAGGAAAGUGCAGAGCAAAAGGAGUUGCGUUUGGUCACAGAGGCAGUGGAGAAGGCUGGCUCCUCCCUGGCGGUUCUGCGUGCGAGCGCCAACACGUACAAGAUCGGGGAGAAGACCGUGCAAGUUCAGCUACGGAAUGAUCAGGUCUUGGUGAAGCAGGGUGCAGCCUUUGUGCCGAUGGCAAAAUUUAUCGGCUCAGGUACACCUCGAGGAACACAAGGCACAGCCGGAAGCUCUGGUACCACUACUCCACCAGGUGCUCGCACUCCAAGGAGUUCGACCAACGCAGCUGAUGCCAAGGCCAAGGCAAGCACUCCACCCAGUCCUCGCGGCAAGGCCCCAGCCUUGCCAUCCUCCUUGGCUCCGCCCAAAGGCGCCACAGGCAGCAAGGCCAGCAGCAAGGCUUCCACGGCUCCCAGUCCCAAAUCGAAGGCGAGUCCUUCACCGAGUCCCAAAGCCAAGGCGCUGACUUUGACCGUGCCCAAGGCACAGUCAAAGGCGCAGGCCGCCCCGGUCUCGCCCAGAUCAGCUUUGGCCAAAGCAAUGGCGCCCAAAGCGAAAGCAUCAGGCCCUGCAUCACUGCUAAAUGCAAUGGCAAAGGCAGGAAAUCCUUGUUGCGCAUGUAUUACUGCUGUAUACCAAUCUAAACUGGAUAUGGAUGGAUAUGGCAGAUUCACAAUAGGUUGA